AUGGCGAUGAUGACUUUGUGCUCCCAGCCAAAUCAGACUUCUCAGAAGAACAAGGCUGCUCGGCUACCGGUGCAGGAUCCGGACCACUGUCGAUCCUUUCCAGCUGCCCUGCAUCCCAUGAAGACGCCCGAGUUUGAGGCCGACGUGGAUGAGGUCAGCAGGAUUUUGAGAUCCCGGUUUGCUUCUCCAGAGGCAAUUGUGAUCGCCAUGGACUGCUGCCCUGUCAGGGUGUCAGCACGCCUUGUCGACAAGGUCCUGAUCAGGUUCAGCAAUGAUUGGGUGGCCGCAUUUGGGUUCUUCACGUGGGCGGGAACUCAGGCAGGCUACUGUCAUUCUGCCGAUUUAUAUGACAUGAUGGUAGACAUAUUGGGCAAGUUCAAGCAGUUUGAUUUGAUGUGCGGUCUGAUCAGUCAGAUGCAUGAGAUUGGGGGGUUGGUGUCGCUAGCGACCAUGACGAAGGACACAAAGGCCAUGAAUGUGCUCUUGGACACAUUGUGCAAGGAGAGGAGUGUGAAGCGUGCAAGAGGUGCCUUCCAAGCUUUGAAGGGGACAAUUCCUCCCAAUGAGAGUAGCUUCAACACAUUGGUUCAUGGCUGGUGCAAAGCGAGGAUGCUUAAGGAGGCUCGUGAAACGAUGGAGGAGAUGGAGCGACAUGGUUUCAAUCCUUCAGUAAUAACUUACACCAGCCUGAUAGAAGCGUACUGCAUGGAGAAAGAUUUUCAGACGGUUGAUGGUAUCUUGGAUGAGAUGCACACAAAAGGAUGCACUCCAAAUAUUAUCACAUACACAAUUGUGAUGCACACGCUAGGGAAGGCUGGGAGGACACAAGAAGCUCUGGAUACUUUUGGCAAGGUGAAGCAAGAUGGCUGUGCCCUAGAUGCUUCCUUCUACAACUCUCUUAUAUACAUACUCUGCAGAGCUGGGAGGUUGCAAGAUGCAAAUUUUGUGGUCGAAGAAAUGCACCGAACUGGAAUAUCCCCAAACUUGACUACCUUUAAUACCCUGAUUUCUGCUGCCUGUGAUCACUCUCAGGCUGAGAAAGCACUUAAACUGUUGGUUCAGAUGGAAGAACAGUCAUGCAAGCCGGACAUCAAGACGUACACCCCCUUGCUGAAGCUAUGCUGCAGAAGGCAAUGGGUGAAGACGCUUCUGUUCCUGAUAUGCCAUAUGUUCCAGAAGGACAUCACCCCUGAUUUCAGUACAUACACGUUGCUGGUGAGCUGGCUAUGCCGGAACGGGAGGCUCACCCAGUCCUGCUUAUUCUUGGAGGAGAUGGUGCUGAAGGGCUUUGCUCCACAGCAGGAGACCUUUGAUCUUGUGCUGGACAAGCUUAAGAAGAUGGACAUGCUUUCAGCUGUGAGAAAGAUUCAGCUUCUCAGGAUGCAUACAGAAGGUUCCUUAUUAGUAUAUACGAAUUUUGGUGCAGUAAUUCUCACUGUGUAUAUGCUUUUCAGGAUCUUCAGGGACAUCAAUUACUCCCACAUAAUAACAGUGAAGCCUAACAAUGUACUUGAAGCCAUCAUGUGA